UCGCUGCAUUUGAAACGAAGAAGACAUACUGGAAAUCAUACCAACAUGGCGGAAUGCAAAACAACCAACCGUGAUAAAUAUGACUCGCAUUCAGAUGCCGAAGCUCUAAAAUUAGCGGAUUUAUUUGACCGUGGGUGGAAGAUAUUUGAUGAGGUAGAUACUACAAACGAUCCCCUUUCUUCAAACAGUGUUCAGGUAAAAGUUAAACGUGCUAUUAAUAUGUUAGAGGAAACAUCCCGAAUGGCUUCCCAGGUGGAUUUAUUCAGUCCCAAUGAAGAGUUGGAGGAGAUUGCCACAGCCGACAUCAAAUAUCUGCUGAGCCCCGCUUUCUUAGGAGCCCUCACAAUGAAACUGACAGGUCGAGACAAAAGGUUAGAGAUAGUCCAAACAGCGCGGGCUUACUUUAUGGAUUUUCUGAAGAGAUGUAAAGACUACAACAUAGCACACUUUACUCUGCCUGAACCUGUGAAUGACAGCACACUUCCUGAUGAAGAAAUAGACAAUGCCCCCUCCACUUAUACGCCUCUGCCCAGUACAUCAAAUUUGGUUGCGAUGGCCACACAAAGACAAACUAAAAUUGAGCGAUACAGUCAGAGGAAAAUGCUGGAGGCCAGACUGUCAGAUGUGCGGACAUCCGUGGAGAGUGGACAGGCCGAUGAUGAAACCAGCAGAGAUUUCUACCUGCUGAAUAUCCGGAAAUGGGUCCUCUUGUGCCUGGAUGAAGUACAGAGCAUAGACCAGGAGAUGGAAAUACUGAAGAGUAUGGAUCAGAUGCAGCUUAGUGCUCCACAGCCUGCUAGACCGAGCAGACCCCCCAUGAAACCUUUCAUCCUUACCAAGGAUGCAAUGCAGGCUCAGGUGUUUGGGGCUGGUUAUCCCAGUUUAGCCACCAUGACAGUGGAUGACUGGUAUGAUCAGCACAAGAAACAUGGAGUCCUGCCAGAUCAGGGAGUUCCCAGAAGGGUUGCAGUUGAGGAGGGCACUUAUGGAAAGGAGUGUGAAGAAGAAGGAAAAGAGAAACAGUCUGAAAACGAUGAGUGUUUGAUGAAAUCCAGGAAGUGGGAUGACUGGAAAGAUGAUCAUCGCAGAGGGUAUGGAAACCGCCAAAACAUGGGCUAAUUGGUCUCAAACAUCAAGUGGCCAAACAUGCCAUCGUCUGUGGAUAUCCAUCAAUAAUUCUGAAACACUGUUGCUAUUUAUAGAUCAUCAUAACGUAUUGAGCAUUGUUUAAUGAUUGCGAGAUCUGCCGCUGAUUUGUUCAUGCUACAUUUUCAGUUUUUCGUCCCUUUAAGGGACUUGUUAAAUUAUUAAUGUCUUAAACUUUACUUUUAAUGGCUUGACUGAAUUGAACCUGUUUGUGAAAUGUGUACCAGAGUCUUGCCACAAAGUACAAACCCUUCAGUAAGACACAGUCAGCAGUUACAUUGUUUUUAUCCCACCAUUAAAAUUGUGUGGGUGGAGAGUCCAGAAUACCUCCAAGUGAGGCACUUAAGUUAUGUGAGAAAACAUAUGUCCAACCAAAACAUUAUGAAAUGCUUUUAUUUGUCGCAUUCACUAUGAAGUUUUGCCAAAAUGUUUUCUGUUAAAAUGCAAUUAAAUGAGAGUAAAUCACCAAAACAUUAUGAAAUGCUUUUGUCGCAUUCACUAUGAAGUUUUGCCAAAAUGUUUUCUGUUAAAAUGCAAUUAAAUGAGAGUAAAUCAGUCAA